CAGAGACCAGGCUGAUCCUUUAUAUACCAGCAAGGACGUGAUUUCGCCAGUCUCCAUCUAGCGCCCAGACAUGAAGCUAUACGUAAUCUUCCUGACGUUACUAGCCCUUCUUUCAGCCAUGUCGGCAGCCCAUCCUACACAGCCUCCACCAGCGCCUGGAACAGCCCCACAACGUCCGUCAUGCCCAUUUCCUAAAAACUUUCAAAACCUCCUUUUUCCGACACCUAACUCACUCCUGUCUGACGCUGAAAAAAGGUUAAACCCAUCUGCAGUCCGUGCCCGCCCGAUGCGAAAUGCCUCUGCUAUUGAAAACUCUUCUGAUUCUCUUAAUCUCUACGAAACAAGUACAAUAUUCAAAAAAGAAGAUUUUUGAACUUAUAUAAAAAUGUGAAACCGCCCGAACUUGAAAUAAAAACAGUCUAAAAUUAGUAUAGUAAUCAGAGAGAACGUAAAAAAUAGUUUUAAUUAACUAUAAAAUAUCUUUGUUAAUAAUUAUUGCAGUAUUUCCUUCACUGCCACAUUAGUAUUUAAAACACUUUCUACCUUUAAAUCCCGCCUGUUCAAUCAUUUCUUAUC